AUGUCUGACGUCGACGUCUUGGCUGCCAUGGGUAUAUCUGGCUUCGGCAAAAAGUCGAAGCAGAGACAACUCGAUCCCAAUCGUUUCGACAAAAGCCGACGUGAGGAGGUUUCUGCGCCCCCGAUAGCCGCCAUUAAAGUAGAACAGGUUGGGGACCCCAACGAGGAGCCCGAAUUCGACCCGGAUGAUGUCGGUCCCCUUCCACCACCCAAGGCUAGUGGCCCAGAGUUGGAAGACGGAGAGCCGGAAUUUGACUUCUCAGACGACGAAGAUUCCGAGCUUCCUGAAUUUCCCACUACCCAUGAGCUACCCAUGAAAGAUCACACGAAGGUAGUGUCAGCGCUGACGCUUGACCCAUCAGGGGCGCGAGUACUGUCGGGAUCCCAUGAUUACGACUGCAAGCUGUGGGAUUUUGGUGGCAUGGAUUGGAGGUGCAAACCAUUCAAGACUUGGGAGCCCGCGGGUACUUACUAUGUCCAUGACUUGAAAUACUCCAACGAUGGGCAACAAUUCCUUGCCAUUUCAGGUACAUUACAGGCUAAGCUAUAUGAUCGUGACGGCGAGGAGCUGGCUACCUUUGUCAAAGGGGAUCCAUACAUUCGAGACAUGAAGAAUACCGCGGGGCAUGUUGCUGAAUUGCGAUCCUGCGCCUGGCAUCCUUACGAUCCACAGACCUUCAUCACAAGCUCCGUAGACUCUACAAUACGGCAAGUGCAUCGAAUAUGGGAUGUCGAGAACAAGCGAAAACAGAAAACAGUCAUCGUUGUGAAGUCCAAGGAGCGUGGUGCGCGCACGAAGGUUACUGCAUGCGGGUACUCUCCAGAUGGUACUCUCAUCGGAGGUGCAUGUCUGGAUGGUGCACUGCAUAUGUGGCAGACCAAAUCCAAUUUCGUUCGACCAAGUCUAACCAUUGAGGGUGCGCACGUGAAAAAUACUGAACCUGGAUCGCUUGUCUUUUCUGUCGACGGUCGGACCGUCUUGACCAGAGGAGGGGAUGACACAGUGAAACUUUGGGAUUUACGGGCUUUCAAGAAGCCUCUUGCGGCACAUGGGGGUCUAGCGACUUUGUAUCCGACAACGAAUGCAAUCUUCAGCCCAGACGAUAAAUUUGUGGUGACUGGGUCAGGGGCGUCGUCGAAAGGAGAAAAGGGUCGACUGGUGUUCCUGCGAAAGGAUAAUUUGGAGUCUGUGAAGGAGCUUGAAGUGGAAACGACGCCUGUCAAAGUUUGCUGGCAUUCAAAAAUUAACCAGAUUGUCACAGGGUUGGCGAAUGGGCAGAUAUGUGUCCUUUACUCACCGCAGACAUCCAUCAAUGGGGCAAAACUACCAUUCAACAAAGGACCACCGAGAAAGGCCACUAUCGAAGACAUGUCAGACGCGGUAUCCGCUCCAACUAUUCUCACACCGCACGCGUUACCCAUGUUCCGCGAUGGGGAUGGGCUGACGAGAGGCAGCAAGCGCAAGAGAGAGAAAGAACGCAUGGACCCGCGGAAGAGCAGGCGACCAGAGCUCCCAGUUACCGGACCCGGCCGGGGAGGACGUGUCGGAGCGAGUGCAACCCAACACGUCGUCCAGAACCUGGUGCGAGACACGACAAGAGACGAAGAUGUGCGUGCGCUAUGUUUUGAUACCCACUUGCCCCUCGUGCGCGUCAUUGGAUCAUCAUCGUACAGCCUCAUCUCGAUGGACAUUCGAGCUCCUCGGCCGCUCAGUUUGCGGCCCUGGAUGUUCGCAUCCGCCUCGGUGGCGAUUCCGGCAGGGAGGCCGGAUGUUACCGCAGCGACACGCCGGAGACGCGUUGCCACGGAAGGAGGCUCGGAGCCUGAUUUGGUUCAGACUCCGCAAGCGCUCUGCACCAUUCUGCGCGUGCUUGGACGACAGCCGCGCGAGGCGUUGCUCAAGCUGGCCGCAGACGCAGACGAUAACCCAGUGUGGACGGCAGCAUGGCGGGCGAACCAACCGAACGCUGUAUUUGCAGAGGCAGAGGAGGAGGACGAAGAGGAGAAGGCGUAG